GAGAGAGAGAGACGUGAAGGGGGUUGGGCAAAAGCGCCUUGGUGCGAUCCCGUAGACUCGAAACUCGAAAUUCCAACGGACCGCAGAGCAGAGCCGUCGGUCGUGCGACGUGGAUCUAAAAUUAAUUAUUGUAUAUUGUAAAAACGAAACGAGUCAAUAAUAAUCCUGACAGGACUGAAAAUAAAUAACAAACAGGACAAUUGCUCGUUAAUUCGGGAUAAUAUUUACAAGAGUUAAUUAUACAGUUUUUCAUUUUUUUUUCAAAAAAAAAAAAAGUGUUUUCACAAUCACGUAAAUGAGAGGACGCAAACGCCGGCGAUGGUUCAUCUGACAAAUAUUUGGAGAAAAUGUGGUUUAUUAGUGUCAAAGUGAAUAGUGAAAAACAUCAUUGAGCUCUAAAAACAAUUUUUUGAGAUUAAUUAAAAUUUUUCAAAUAUAAAAAAUGACAAAUUUUGACUAAUCACUGAAAUGUAAAUCACAAAUUUUGAAAUUUGUGUUUUCUUUUUCGUUUUCUUGACUUUCUCCAAAAAUUUUAAUUUUUAAAUAUUGUGUUUAGUGAAUGAGCGUCUUGUUUUUGAGUUGAUUGUGUUUGAAUUCGCGCGCGUGAUUCGAACAGAAAAGAUGUUGCCGGUCGCGGGAACUUUAUUGUUCCAAUGUGAUGCUGGAAUAUUUGUUAUGACGCGUUCGAUUUGGACAUUCAUUACUGUGUCACGUGUGAUCAUAUGAUAAAUGUAGAACAUAUUUUUAUUGUUUUCCUUUUAUUUUCUUUACGUUCAUUUUUGACUCUCUUUGGCAAAUCACAAUUAUUGGAUUUGAUUUGAAAAAUAAAGCUGGCAACGUGAUAAAUGUGAAUAUUGAAAUUGGCGCGUCACGUGAGUGCGCAUUUGUGCUCCAAAAAAAAAACAAAAAGACUGUGAAUUAAGUCGUGAAUAAUAAUAAUAAUCACUGACGGACAAUUAGUGCGUGGUUUCGCGUGGAGACAAUAUGAGUGAGAUGACGAGUGUAGAGCAGCAGCAUCAACAGCAACAGUUUGUUGGUGGUAGCUCAAAUUCGGAGCAUCACUGUAAGGAUCAUUGUGUGUCAUUUGAAAGUGAAAAGAGCCUCGAGGUGCAUCUUCGUUAUCAUCAAGAGAAUUUACUUAGUCAAUGGGCCAGUCAGGCGCAGCAGGAGGAAAGCAACAAUAACAACAGUAAAGCUGGAAAUCAUAACAGUGGCAAUCAUAUGGUUGUGAAGAGAGAGAGUGUCACAGCACCGGCUGAUUCAAGUGAGUCUUCAUCAAGGCCACCCUCGGAAGGUCCAGCUUCUGCGUCCCAACAUCAGUCUGCUCCAUCGUCGCAGGCUUUCACAAAUUUUCCAACUCCAAUGUAUAACGAAAACGCUUAUUUUGUGCAGAAUGAUCAAUCAUACAUUCUGCCCCAUCAUUACUCUCCACCCAGAGGAGAGGAAAGUCAAAACGGAGGUGGAAGUUACGCGAGGUAUCAUCCCUAUCAGCAUCAGCAACGUUUCUCGCAGGCAGAUCGUGCAAAUUCAGUUAGCUCUACGAGUCCACGAAGUCCUUUGCAGUGUGACAAGUGUGGUGCUGUUUAUGAAGAUCCUAAUCAAUUAGCAGAACAUGUCAGAUCUAAUCAUCCAGCAUCACCAAAUUCCUAUCCUAGUCAAUCUCAAUAUCAGCAAAUGGGUAGUAGUCCACAACAUCAGAUGCAAAGGCAUCAGCAAGCUCAACAACCACAAAUGCAUAAUUCACCAUCACAUGCAAAUCAACAACAACAAACACCUGGGUUUGAUUUUACUGGAGGAUCGAUUAUUAAGACGGAAGUCAAGCAGGAGGCUGAGGAGCAAGCCGAGAUUUUAGAUCUUGAUUCCCAUAAGGUUCAAACUCACAGGUACGAGGAGGACAUGUUGAGGGUUCAACAACAACAACAACAUCAGCAGCAGCAACAACAACAACAACAACAACAGGAAAUACAGAUACAAAUGCAGCAUCAUGUCAUGCAACAUCAACAGAGAACUGGUCCUCAUUCUGUAAGUUCCAUGUUGAAUUGGCCAUCACCACAGAUUCAUGAUUAUCAUCCAAUGGCACCUAUGGAGAAUACCUCUCCCAUGCCUGAUCAGAAUCAAUUCAUGCGUGGUCAACACAUGCCAGUGGAACCUCCAAGGCAUGGUGGUUCACCAAUCAUCACCAGUACACAACCAUUAACAGGCCAUCAGAUUCCACCAGCAAUGUUACCACAGGCUCCAAAAGCAGUUAUAGGUAAUCAAUCCUGGAAAAGCAAUGAAGCUCGCCGGCCAAAGACCUAUAAUUGCACGGCGUGCAACAAGUGGUUCACCAGCUCGGGUCAUCUCAAGAGACAUUACAAUACCACAUUACACAAAAAUGCUGUUAAAGUGAGCAACCAACCGGAUCCCGCCAACAUGCCAAUCAGUGUACAUCAUCAUCCAGGUCGUGAUCAAAAUAUCACAAGUAGAGGAGGACCAUCAAGAUCUCCAGAGUUAUCAUCCUCGGGGAGUCCCCCAAACUUGAUGGCAGGUCCCUCGGGAGAGGCAACGAGGGGCCUGCUGCUCACGCCCAUCACCGCCACCACCACCAACAAGAUCCAUUACACCACCAACAGCAAUUCCAGCAACAGCAACGAGUCUUCAGCAAUCCAAGGAUCUUUGGUCCACCAGCAGAUGCCUUCAACGGUUCGCAUGUCCAACCUUGUCCCACUCAAUUGUCCGCCCCAGUCACCAAUGGGCCACCCCCACCAUCAAAUGGCUUCGCCCUCACAACAACUGGGCCACCACAACAUUCCAAUGGAUUCACCAUCACAAAUGGCGGUCCAUCACCCCAUGAAUUCACCCAUGUCACCCAUGCAACAUCCACCGGCCCACAUGAAUUCACCUUCUCCAAUGGGCCAGCAACAUCACAUGAAUUCACCAUCCCCCAUGAUGGGAGGCGUCCCAUCGAUGGUUUCACCGCCACCGCCGCCAAUGGGGGGUACUUCGAUGCCUCAUCAGCCGUACCCAAACGCUUUGCCCCCCCACGUUACAACUACUACCAGCAUCCCGGGUCUAAUGGAGUCUAUCACCAGUCUAACUACUACUGGUAACGAUCUACCAUCAUCCAUGCAAUUCACCCAGGAAAUGUUACCCGGCUUUGGGACCUUCAGCAAUCAUCAGAGGCCCCUGCCCAGCUUCACCAACUUUGGCAUCAAUUCCGGGUACAAUUUAGUUGGCCACAGUCAUCCACAGGCCGUUAGCGUGGGGGGGCUAAGUCCAGAGGAGAAUCUUUCUCCUCAAGACAAAACCUUCGAUUCGCCCAUACCGACCUAUGACACAUACAGGACAAUGUCGCCACCAAAAUAUGAUACAUUGGCAAAUAUGGAUCUCAUUCAAACCAGCAAUGACGGCAGUCUCUAUAUCAAAUACGCCGACUAUCAACAACCAAACGAGACACAACAACUCUAUCAACAAAUUCCAAGAUCUCGUUUACCAAUUGAGACAAAUAAUAAUCUACCUCAAGGUCCACCAAAGGAGGAGCUCAAUCCCAAUAUUGGCAAGGUGAAAGGCAACAAAUUCAAGGAAAUUGUUACCAAAGAGCAUCAAGUAACAAGUACCAACACCGGUUCACAUUAUAUUUCACAGGAUGGUUUUCACAAAUGCAUCGAGUGCGACAAAGUAUUCAACAAAGCAUGCUAUCUCACUCAGCAUAACAAGAGUUUUCAUUCUGGUGAUAAACCAUUUAAAUGUAAUCAAUGCGGCAAACGAUUUCCCCAUGAAGUUAUGCAUGCCGAGCACCUUCAAAAACACGCCGGUGAAAAGCCCUAUAAAUGUGAGAUUUGUCCUAAACAAUUCAACCACAAGACCGACCUCAGACGGCACAUGUGCCUCCACACUGGCGAAAAGCCAUACGCCUGUGAUACUUGCGGAAAGGGUUUCAUACGAAAGGACCACAUGAUGAAGCAUCUCGAAACGCACAGAAAAAAAUCUAACGCUCAUCACAAUGUUCAUCUAAGAGCAUAAAAUCUAAUCAAGGUCGAAGUUCAUCAUCAUCUCAAAAAGGUCAUCUUUGUAGCCUUCAUCCCGCAAUUCUUUCUAUUUAUUAAUUUUCCAUUCCUAUUCCUUUUGAUCCUCAUCAAAUCAAUAUUUUGUCUUUUCUUCGUCCACAGAUUUUGCUUAUAUUGGCUGUCUUGCUCAACACAUAUUUAGAUGACUGCCAACUUUUGUUCAAGGUCAUCCAAGAGAAUUGUAAGUUCAUCACCAUUAUCUGUUUUUUUUUUUUCCAGCAUCCACAAAAAUAAUUUAAUUUCUUUGUUUUUUCACAAUACAUUAAGAGUAUGCAUCAAAUGAUAUUCUCACUCGAUAUAUUCUCUUAAUAAAAACUAAUGGAAAAAUGCGGGUAAAUUCUUUGAUAAAAAGGAUGCUGGAUAUUCUUCGCGAUAUUCCGAGUCGAUUUAAUGAAAUUUUUUUUUUUUUUACAAAUUGCAUCUCGACUCUGUAGAUUGCGACGAACGCUACAAAAUUGAAAAAAGAUAUCCAAAGUCUUUGAUUGUAAAUCAAAAAAAAGGAUAUUAAAAUGACGCUAAUGUCGCGAUAUCAAAAAAAAAGAAAAUAAAAAAAAAACUUUGAAGCUUAUGAAUUGUACAAAAUAUAUUAAAUGUAUAGGCAUAUAUCAUUGUAAUUAUUGAUUUAUCAUCAAACUAGACAACGGUUUCGAUCCCUAAUUAUGCUAUUCAUAUUUUAUAGAAUUUUCUCUAAAAAAAAAAAGAGAAAAACUUAGAGAAAUGAUGGACAGUAAUGUAUCACUCAAUGUGAAAACGAGCUCUCACGAUGGUAUAUAUAUAUAAUAAAUUAUAAAAUUAUAAAGUCUUCAAAGAAGUAAAAUUAAUUCAAUGAUCAAUUUUAAUUUUUUGAAUCAAAUCUAAAUUCUAUUGCCAUUGUGCAAAAUUGUUAAAAUUUAUUUAAUGACAAUUUUUUUUUGAAAAAAAAGAAGCUUUUUUAUUGAGAGUAGUUUUUUGAAAAAAAAAAAUUCUUUUUGUAUACUACUUGAAUAGUUAUUGUAAACUGUGAGUCAGUAUUAGAUUUUUUGUUGUAGUAAUAAGUAUAUAAAAAAAACGCAAUAUUUAUUUGUCUCUUUUAUUUACUAUAAUUAUAGUAAAUAAAUUUUAAAAUCGUUUUGUGAUGAAAGAAAAAAAAAAUUGUAAAUUAUUUGGAAAUUAUUUUUUUUUUUUUUUGUUAGUGUGUGAACAUUCCGUGAAUGGCAUUCCAGCGACAAAAUGUCGUGAAUCGUUCGGCACGUUUUCACAGUGACGAUUCUUGUUUUUUUAAUCGUAAGGAUAUAUAUAUAAAAGAGAGAGAGAGAGAGAAAAAAAAGAGAGUAAGUUAUAAAUUUUGUGCGUUUUUCGAAGGAAAAUAUGUCCAUUUAAAAUCGUUCUACCAAAUAAAUGAAAUUUUCGUCCAUAUAUACUCAUUUUUAUACCAAGAAAUCAUGUAUAGAUAAGAAUAUAAAUAUAAACAAAUUACAGGUGAUAUUUCCUUCGAAGAACGUAAAGCCAAUCUUACUCGCAAUGUGAGUAAAAAUAAUAUGUUGACCUCGCCAUAACCAAAUAGAAUUGUUUCUGUUUAUCGUUGUUUAAUUGUCCGAUUUAACUAGUUCGCACAUGAAUUGUUUUAUAUUUGCCAAAAUGUGCAUAUCUAGAUUAAACUGAGGUUAAAUUGUGCCUCGUCCGUUGUUAUUUGAACGUCGUUGUUUCUGGAUUCUUUGCGCCAGAUUUGUUGCCUGAUUCGUUUGUUCAGUGCGCGUGUUUUUUUUUUUUUUUUUUUUUUUUUUUUGUCUCUGUGAGUAAAAUACUUCUUGUCAUUCCUCCACCCCCCCACGUUAAUUUUGCAAAGAUUUCAUUUGGACGAGGUGUACCUUAUAUUGUAUAUAUAAAUAUAUGUGCGUGCAAGGAUUUUUUUUUUUAGUUAUUAAUAAGAAUUAUAAAAAACUUGCCAUUAUAAUACUACGUAAAAAUCCCAGAACAGACUACCUCAAGAGUUCAGGAAUUAUCGACGAAUGAAAGAAAGGAAGGAAAGAGUAAAGAAAAAAAAAGCCAAUGCAAUAAUCUAAAAUUAAAAAAACAAAAACUAGAAAAACGUUUUGUUGCGGGCGAGAUAAAUUUUCAUUUUUCCAAAAAAAAAAAAAAAAAAAAAAUUGCUUCUUGACCAAAUUUUUGAAAAUUUUUUUACAUUUUCAUUCCUUUUUCCUUCAAUCAGAGUAUUAUGUAUGUAUGUAUAUGUUAUUUUAUUCGCCCGCUAAUAAACGUAAUAGGCGUAAAUAGAACAUUAUAAAACUGUAAUAUAAAGAAAAGAAAAAAAAAGAAAAAUAGAUUGACGUAUGUUAGAAACAUAUCAAACAGUAUUACUGUAUACUCAGUUUAUAAUUAAAAAUUAAGAUAACAAUUAGGUACGAAAUGAUCAAUGAAAAAUACAUUUCAAUUUCAUAUCAUUAUUUGAUAAAUAAAUUCAUACUCGACUGUUACAUUUUAUAAGACAAAAGAAAAAUAGAUAAAAAAUAAUCGUGCCAUUGCACCCAGCCAAUUAUGUUUGAAAGUAAAAUAACUUAAAUUUCAAAGAGCGUGUUGAGAUGUUUUUUCUUUUUUUUUUUUUUUUUUUUUUUUUAUACAAAAUAACGAAAAAUCCACUGCCGUCAUAUGUAAUUUAAUAAAAAAAAAAGAAACAAAAGCGAUAUCGUAAUAAUGUUCGACAGGUGAAGAUAUAUUGUGAAUUAUGUAUUUCAAGAUGCCAUACACAAGUACCUCAAGACAAAAAAAAAAUAACACAUGUACAAAUGUUCAUACGUUUUCAGAAUAUUAGCUAAUUAAUAAAUAAUUAUAAUAAUCACAGAUGAAAA